AUGGAUUUGAAAGGUCGUUCAUUGCAGGGCGUCCUUCAAUUCGAUCAGUUGGAGUUCAGUGAUAGUGUAGCUGAGAAGCUUGAACAAGAGUCUGCUCAUCUAAAGUCAUUGAUCACACAGUUGCUUGGUGGCGACCCAAACAAUACUGGUGUCAACAACAGCAACAACAAUAACAAUAACAAUAGUAACAACAAUAGUAAUAUACACGAUUCAUUCACGAUAAACAAUGCAACAAGUAAUAGUAAUAGAUAUUUGAUCAAAGAGAUUGAUGUACUGUCUGACAUCACAAUGCUGUUGAAGGAUCCAUCCACAUCACAAUCGACCAAGCUAAAGAUCUUUGACGAGUUGAUCACUAUAUUCAAACUAUGUCCACAGAACUGUAUAAGUGUGUUCGUGGCCUCACAGACAUGCAACAGCAACAACAACAGCACCAGUAGCGAGGCAUUGCGACGCUCUCAACAACAGGCACAGGCAGCGGCGGCCAUGCUUAGGAAGUCAACAACACUCAACAUCAACAGGAAUAUGCUGUUGUUGGAUGAGAUCAUCCAGCUGCUGCCCUCACUCGAUAAUGAGAAGGUGCUGUUCAGGGCCAUGACACUGAUCGAGAUGCUGGCCAGCUAUCACAUCUCUGUCGUUCAGCUCAAGUGCCUGAUCUCCUACUUUGACCUGUCUAGUCCCACCUCUCUUCGACGUGGUCUAAGCCAGCUCCUCACCUGUCUCGACAAGAUGACUCACAAGAUUGGUCCAAACUCUGCCUUUAACCUCGAUGGAAUGAAUGCUGGACUGUUAUUGGAUCCGAUUGGGAAGCUGUCCAAUGUUGGAUACUCAAUCAGCAUGUGGAUCAACAUUGAUUCGUUUGUGUCUCGUAGCAAGUCAUUGACAAAGUAUGAGCCGCGCCUGUUUAGCUUCCUCGAGAGUGGAGACGGCGGCUCAGGCAUCGAGGCCUACUUUGUAAAGAACAAGCUGGUGGUACGAAUCAACUCCAAGGUGGAGGCGGUGGUCGACCCGCCAUUCGAAGCCAAUCGCUGGCAGCACAUCGUCGUACAGCAGCAACCGUCCAAGUGGAACCUGUUCAAGCAGAGCUCGGUGCUGACCGUCUAUCUGGACGGGCGACAGAUACACCAAUGCGAGAUCAAGUAUCCAUCCACCUCCAAGUUGUUGACAAUGUGUUCCAUUGGCAUGGUGCACUCUAACACCGCCAAUGCCAAGACUGUCAACUCACAGAUUGCUCAAUGCUGUCUCCGUGGCCAACUUGGCCCGAUCAGCUUCAUGACUGGCGUGCUGUCCGAGAACAAGGUCAACAAGAUAUUCAAACUUGGUUCGAACAUGGUCUUGUCGCCACAGUAUAAGAACAACAUGGCAUUGUCCAAGAAGUUCCCUCGCAUUCUAUUCUCCUUCUCACCAAAGACGUAUCAUUCGGGCGUCUGUCACGAUGUUGGCCAUCACAAAGAGUCAGACUCGACGCUUAACUCACACUCGACUGGUAGUCUCACAAUCUAUUCGACAUUCUCUAUCAAGGACUCGCUGUACUGUCUCGGGGGACCGCAAAUCCUGUUCCCCCUGAUCAGCCAGAUGGCCGAGCGACCCAGCCAACUACCGUCCGACUAUCCAUCCAUCCAAUCAAUCCUCUCAUUCCUCGCACACAUACUAAAGAACGACAACAUACAACAAGAGGAGAUGAUCAAGACCAAUGGCUUUGAGCUCCUCGGUCACCUGCUCGAGCAAGUGAUGAAGUGCGCCAAGGCCAACUCACUGGACAUCAACAGCAACAUCAUUCAAUCAAUCGAUGAACUCAUACAAUCAUGUUCAAAGAAUGAGACGCUACUACUGUCAAUAUAUCAGAACAUUGUAUUCAACUUUCACAUAUGGAUCAGUACUUCCAAGGACAUCCAGAUCACAUUGCUGCGUCUGGCAUUGGACAAGACGAUUAACUCCAUCAAGUACAUUCGCAAGUACAUCACCGUCCGCAGUCUACUCGACUCUGUAAAGUAUUAUUAUGCACAGGGCAACAACAACAACAACUCAACAUCAGUGCGUAGCAGUGUUGGAUCCACCUCCAAUACAACUCAGCACCAGCAGCAGGCGACAUAUUCAUCAUCACCACUAUUAUCAUCACAAUCGAGUCAUCAAGGAUCUCCACGAGUUAACAGACUAUCACUCAAUGCACCACCGUCCAUAACAAUCAGUGGCGGUGCCAACAACAAUGUAUCCAGCAACAACAACAUCUACAACAACGGUCUGACAGCGAACGAUACCAAAGAGAUCAUAUCAUAUAUCUUCACAUUGAUUGAGAUGAUCAUCACGUCCAACUCGAAUGACAACAAAGACGAUAUACCCGAGGUCCAGGACUUGAUUGAGUUUGUCCAGGACUCAACAUGCGACAACAUAUUCAUCAUUGAGACACUGUCGAUAUUUCUCAAACUCAUUCACUCUGGCUCUCGAGGCUUCCUUUCAAGCUUUGAGCAGUCUGGCGACAUCAAACCUCUGUUUGGCCUACUGAGGCGCGACAAUGAAUACAUCAAAGUGCUCUCGCUUAAGAUCAUUGGCAAGUAUCUGUCAAGAGCAUCAUCUUCCAAGGGCCUGGCAAAGACUGCGCUGUCGAGCGACAACACAUUCCAUAUGGUGACAGACUCUUUGAUCGAUUCUCCAAUGACCGACCUCAUCUACCGCACGCUCUCAGAGCUUGUUGUUGACAAGAUCGCCCCAUCCAUCUCAGAGACAUCCAACUCUCCCCUGCUGGACCUGGUCGGUAAUCACGACCUGACGGGCGUGGUAUUCAACAUCGAUGCAUUGCAAUCGAUCUGCACACUUGGCACACGAGCCUUCUCAUCACUACAGCAACAGAUUCUAAACGAGGUGUCGUUGUGCAUCAAGCACAUGUCAUCAGUGCGCCAGGCGAUCAUGGAGAGCAAUCAUUGGCAAUCAUGGAUGCUUUCGAUGUGGCCGUCACCGCCAUCGACCCCAUCGUCGCCCUUGUGGUCACCACCACUCUCGCCGUCCAAAGCGCUGUUCCUUGGACAGCCCAUAUCAAGCGUGUACGAUUCACCAAUCUUGAAUGCGAUGAGGGCGUCUGCACAAGAGCCCAGACCUGCACCAUCGGCAAACCGCGUGUACCAGAGCGGUGUGAAGGAGAUCCUCACUGGCAUCCUCAAGAUCCUACUCAAUGACUGUGUUGCUAAGCGCGAUGGCUGGAAGGUCAUCGAAGAGACCCAAGCAUGGGUAUCCACCAUGCUCCCCAACGGACUGCCACUCGAGCGAAGGAUCUUCUACGAGUGUCUGGUCAAACUUGAGCAGGAUAUCAAGAACCCAUCAAAUCAAUCAGUGGGAUUGAAGAACUAUGUCAAUCUGAUAUCGAUUAUUGAGGACUUUGUGUUCUCGCACUCGAUGAACAUCUUGGCGCACAGGAACAAUCAAUCACAAUGGGAGGACUUUGGACUGGUGGCAAAGUUGUUGGACAUCUUUGACAACACUCAGUCCAUUCAAACACAGGUUGUUCAGAAGCCUGGUCCGACGGGCAGCAACAGCGCCAGCACAUCCCUGCAACAACAACAUCAGCAGCAGCAACACAUCCAAGCACCAUCAUUCAUCGUCGCACUCUCGAGCAACAUUGACCUGCCCACGAUCGACGUGUCGAGCGGGUCGUCAAAGGCCAAGAGUUCAAUCAACACCAUCCUACGCUUCAUCAUGUGCAUCUUCCAAGAGGCCGAGUCAUGCUUCUAUGGCGAGCGACAGAUGGACGAGCAGCUUCACCACCACCACCAGCAACAACAACAACAGCAGGUUGAGCUGACUGGAGAUGAGGAGGAGCGAAGCUUUGUGAUCCGCGUGUGGGGCUUGCCUUUGAUCUCUGAGGAGAUCGAUCAGAUCAUAUCAAAGAACUCAAUUCGAAUCCAAACCAUACUGGCAAGUGAGCGCGAUCAGAAGGAGCAGGUCAGACACGUGAUGUGGGUCAUCUCGAUAUUGAUCAAUAUCAUCAGAAGGUAUCGCGAGCACAACAAUGAUCCAAUCCUCAAGCGAACGCAAUCAAUCAUCAUAUCUUUGCUCAAGUCCCUGCUCAAGACCUAUGGCGACUUGAUCGACACUCACAUUGCGCCCAGCGGCGUGCUGUCCCCGCAGGCAGACCAAUCGUCUUCGGGCGCCGGUCGCACUAUUGGCAUUGGCGACACCACCAAUCAAUCACUCAGCAACCAUCUGUUCUCGGUACAUUCGAUUUCCUCGCUGAAUGAGCCUGGCGACGCACACAGCGAGUUCCUCACAUACUUCAAGGAGAAGUUGUUGUACAAGAUCCCACUGCUGGACCACCUCCACGAGGCCAAGGACCUGCAUGAGAAUGCCAACCUCGUGACGGCCUUUGCCAUGACACGCAAGAACAAGGUGGUCGAGCAGAUCAAGCAAGCACACCAGAAGGAGCAAGAGAGCGUGAUGCAAAAGGUGCAGAAAGUUCAGAACAAGGCAUUUUCAAUGUCACAAAAGAUGGAGAUCAAUGAGCUACAACGCCGCAAUAUGCAGGAGAGCACGGUGGAGGGCCACCGUCGCUGGGCCGAUCGCCUGUGGAGGAAGAACUACAAGAGAUUGACUCGCGAGAUCACUCCCUGGGGAUACACCGACAGAUCGGCGCCCAAGAAGUUCUGGAAGCUGAUCAGCCAAGAGAACAGCAAUCGUCAAUCCCGUUUGCUCAAGCGAGAUUACAAAGGAUCCGAUCAUGUUGGUGCGGCACUUAGACCCAGCAAUGCGCAGGCACCCGGCGCAGCUGUGCCAGGUACUUCGACCACGACGACCACUUCAUCGUCCACGAGUCGUGGACAGCUACCUCAGGACGUUGACCUGUUGCAGAGGGUGGCGUCCAAGGCGCGCAAGUCCAACAUGUCAUCAUCUGUCGAUGUUCUCGAUGAGGACGACCUAGUAGGCUUUGAGAUGGAGGAUGGCGACAUUGUGGUUGACGAAUCACACACAAACAGCGAGUGGUGUGUCGUCAGCGAUGGAUUCAAUGAUGAGCCCUCGAGCACACAGAGCAUCAGUUCGUCAUUGGGAAUGCCAAGUUCAAUCACAUCGACGGCAUCCACCACAACCUCCUCAUCACUGCCUGCCAGUGCGACCACACAUCAGCCCACUGACAAGCCUUUGUACAGCACUGGUGGCGAGAUCAUCAAGCCCAUGAUAGUGAUCAGAGUUCACAUCAUCAUUUAUCAAAGCCGCCAGUUGUUGGUGUCGGCCAGCUCAACGGACCAAGAAGACCCAGAGAACAUCCCCGCGAGCGCACUAGUCGACCGCGUCUACGACAUCAAAAAGAUCAUUGGUGUGCAACAUCGUCGCUAUCUCCUGCUGCCCACGGCCAUCGAGAUCUUCUUUAGCGACCGUCGCAGUCUCCUCCUCAACUUCCCUUCGGCACACAUCAUGGCGCUGGUCGUCAAGCACCUGAGCAACCUGUGCGAGUCGUCGGUCUUCUUCAAGAACGCAUCACAGCUGCAGCUCUUUGACAACAAUCGUGGCGUCUCGCCCCAGCAGACACUUCUCAAGUAUCUCAACCCGACACAGCGUUGGAAGCGCCGAGAGAUCUCCAACUUUGAGUACCUCAUGACGUUGAACACAAUCGCCGGACGAUCAUACAACGAUCUCAAUCAAUACCCAGUGUUCCCUUGGGUGAUUGCUGACUACAACUCUGAGCAACUGGACCUCAACAACCCCGCCACGUACCGCGAUCUCAGCAAACCGAUUGGCGCACUCAACCCAACGCGUCUCGAGCUGUUCAUCGAGCGCUAUCAGCAGUGUCCAAAGGAGAUACCCGCAUUCAUGUAUGGCACGCACUACAGCUCGAGUGGCUCGGUGAUGUUCUUUUUGAUGCGCUGCGAGCCGUUCACAUCCCACUUUAUCAAGCUGCAGAGCGGACACUUUGACCAUGCCGACCGCAUGUUUGACUCGGUGGUGGACUGCUGGCGCAACUGUUUGAAUAGCUCGUCCGACGUCAAGGAGCUCACGCCCGAGUUCUUCUACAUGCCCGAGUUCCUGCUCAACCUCAAUAACGUUCACUUUGGCGUCAAGCAGAAUGGCAAGGUGAUGAGCGAGGCUGUGCUGCCACCAUGGGCCAAGACAUCGUUCCACUAUGUGCUCCAGAAUAGGAUGGCGCUCGAGUCUGAGUACGUAUCACAGAACCUUCAUCAUUGGAUCGACCUGAUCUUUGGACACAAACAACGUGGCAAGGAGGCCAUCGCCGCGCACAACGUCUUUUACUACCUGACCUAUGAGGGCAGUGUUGACAUUGGCGCCAUGCAAGACCCAAUCCUGCGAGAGGCCACAAGAGUGCAGAUUAACAACUUUGGCGUCACACCCUCACAACUGUUCCAAACGCCACAUGUCCAGCGUGACCCGCCCAAGUCUGUCGUGAACAGGCUCUCCUUGCUCAAGAUGCUCAAGCCACUGCAGAUGGUCUCCAUCCCAUUCUCACCAGCCCGUCUCUUUAUGUUUAGUGGCGCGGGCAGCUCUGGAGGAGUCGUGGGUCCAGUUGGCAGCGUGGUCGGAUCGUCCAACAAGGACCAAGGCGACCGUGUCCUCAUCCUUGGUGCCAACAGCGACAUUCAAUUCCUAAAGAUCAACUAUGACAAUAGUACAAGUCUGAUUAGCAACUCGGUCGCUGGCAGCAUCUCCCCAAUCUCCUCGAUGAUCCCCAUCUCUGUGAUCAGUCAGCUAAACGUGCAUCAGUUCCCAAUCUCAUUCUCGCAGUCACUCAAGACGCGUAUAGGUCAUCCUUACUGCUCGAUACCAAACAACCACCGCAUACUGUUUGCCAGCGGCAAGUAUGAGUACACACUCUACGUCAUAUUUGGAGACAGUCGCCUGAGCAUUGGCCAAGUGUGCCACAAGGCGCCAAUCACUUGUAUCACCUAUCAGGAGAUUGAUCGUGGAGAGAAGUGUGGCGUGGGAGGAGUCAGCUUGCGUCAACGCAUCGUUGUCACUGGCAGUGAAGACACAACCGCCAUCAUGUGGUUGUUUAACGAAGAGGACUACUCAGUCAAGCCCUUGCAUACAUUACGCGGCCAUGACCUCGGAGUGACAUGCGUCGUGUUGGAUGCCGACAACGACAUUUGUGUCACUGGCAGCAAGGAUGGAACGAUCAUCAUUCACACCAUCCUCAAGGGAACAUACAUCCGAACGAUCACACAUCCCAACAACCUACCAAUUAACAACCUCACACUGACUGAUGAUGGAAGCAUCUUCUUCUACUCCAACUCAACUGUAAAUAGUGGCGAUAAUGAUGGCAACGAAGAGAAACAUAUUAUCUAUCGUUAUUCAAUCAAUGGAUACCUGAUCCAGACAAUACCAACCGACAUUCAGCCGUCCAUUUCCAAGAUGGUGCAGAUACGUUCGAGCACCGGCAUGAAUGGAUACUUCAUCACAUCUGGUGGCUACCAGAUCAUUGUGCGCGAGCUACUCAAUCUCGAGAUCAUCCACGUGUUUGACGUGCGCAACCUAUCAUCAUUCAUCAACAGCAACAUUGUGGUGGACUUUUGUCUGUGGAAUGGCAGUGAGCAAUCGAUUCAAGAGAACUCCAACAGCAAGAUUGAUCAACUGUCAUUGUUGGUGUUGUUGGAGAGUUGUCAACUAUUGAUCUAUAACAUUGAUGAUAAUGGAAUAAAAUCCCUAUCUGAUUGA